CCACCGGCACACGGCCGUUUAUCAAUGACGCGUCGCUGCCGUCCGUAUCAGCUGCACCGGUCUGUCUGUCUGUCCGUCCGCGGUCCGUCCGUCCGCGCGCUCGUUUCUCGCGUCGUCGCGAUAAAGUAUUGUUACUGUGAUCUUUCGUUUCGUCGAUUUUUCCACCGCCAGUGUUCGUUUAUCGAUCGGCAUUUUCGAAAUAAACCGUUAAAAUGCAUACGACGACCAUAGUGUACGGCCCAGUUUGUUUUUGGGUUUGAUAUAUUUUUUUUUUAAUUUGUUGUGCUUACGUAUGUAUUUUUCCAAUAGCCCUGGUUUUAGUGUUUUAAUACGAAUCAUAUUAUUAUUGUGUAUCAUCCACGCUUGGAAAAAUACCAUGGCGCGCAGUCGAUGUCGAGUUUGGUGGUGAUAUCGCAGUUAACGAGUGUUUAUUUUGAUAUAUUAUUCGACCGGUACGAUACGACCAUAUUGUAAUAUUGUUCUAUUAAUAUAAAUUAUUCCGCGUGAGGCACCGUCAUGCACGUCGAACUGGACGGCGGCGGAGGUGGCGGCGGUGCGUCUCCGUGGGCUGCUGCCGCGGUACUCGGGCACCACCACCAUCAUCACCAUCAUCGUCCCGCCGACACUGAUCACCACCACCUACACCACCACCACAAUCAUCUACACCCCGCCGCGGCGGCAGCCGCCGCAGCUGCGAACGGUUUUCACCCUGCUCAUCCAGCUCACACGCCGAUGGAUCUGCACGUGCCGCAGCCCUUUCCGUACUAUAGGUACAGAGAUGAAUCGCUGUGCUGGCCCGAGAGGAAACCGUUGUCUGAAGAUGGUCAUUCCCCGUCGAUGAACGCCAGAAUACUUGAGUUGAGAAAAGAAAAAAGUCGAGACGCAGCUAGGUCAAGACGGGGCAAAGAGAACUACGAGUUCUACGAGCUGGCCAAAAUGCUACCGCUGCCUGCAGCAAUUACAUCGCAGUUGGAUAAAGCGUCCAUCAUACGGCUGACAAUAUCGUACCUGAAACUGAGAGACUUCUCAGGCCACGGUGACCCACCAUGGACUAGGGAUGGUCCACAAUCAGCAUCCAAAAACUUAAAAGGAACCUCAGCUCGAAAUAGAUCUCCUAGUACCAUAGCCUUGGAAUUGUUUGAACAGCACCAAGGCACACAUAUACUUCAAUCGUUGGACGGUUUCGCUUUUGCGUUAGCUGCCGACGGACGAUUUCUAUACAUAUCAGAAACCGUGUCCAUCUACCUAGGUCUUUCUCAAGUAGAGAUGACCGGUAGUAGUGUGUUUGACUACAUUCACCAAGCCGACCAUUCUGAGCUAGCCGAACAAUUAGGCCUAGGACUGACUCAAGGCCAGGGAAUGGCAUCACCGUCACCCAGCAGUGCUGGUUCCGAAGAAGGAAGUUCUAAUGUGGGUACGGCAAAUCCCGAUGUUUCGUCAGUGAUGUCUCUAUCCAGCACAAAUGCAUAUAAAGGCUUAGACCGAGCGUUUUGCAUUAGAAUGAAGUCUACGCUGACUAAACGUGGUUGCCAUUUCAAAUCCUCCGGAUAUAGGGUGGUGCUGUUGAUUUGCAGACUGAGGCCACAGUACACGUUUUCACACAAUCGGAAAUGUGCGCCACCGCUUUUGGGCGCAGUGUCCCUGGCUAUCGCACUACCCCCACCAAGCGUGCAUGAAAUCCGACUGGAAACCGACAUGUUCGUCACACGACUAUACUUCGACUUUCGAAUAGCUCAUUGCGAACCAAGGGUAGCGGAAAUACUAGAUUAUACGGCCGACGAACUGACUGGUAUGAACAUGUAUACCCUGUGUCACGGCGAGGACGUGGGGAAACUCCGAAAAUGUCACCUAGACUUGAUUAACAAAGGACAGAUGAUGACGCAUUACUAUAGGGUGAUGAAUAAAAAUGGUGGUUACACUUGGAUGCAGACGUGCGGUACGGUCGUCUGUAACUCGAAAAACGCUGAAGAACAGAACAUCAUUUGCGUCAACUACGUAGUCAGUGCCAGAGAAUUCGACAAUUUGAUAAUGGAUUGUUGCCAAAUGGAAGAGCAUAUUAGACAGAGGGCGGUGAAAAGAGAAGAAACUGGAGGCAACGACCCUGAGAACGGUUCACCUGAUGGCGGUGGCGGUGAUGGGCGAGGAGGAAAUCCUAGAAGAGAUCACCUAACACCUGCCGACCUGGAUGAUGGUCAUUCGGCGGACGGACAGGGUGAUCCGACGAGAGGCAGGAAUCAUGUGGACAUAACGCAAUUGAACAACGCACCAUCUGAACGAUUACAAUUGAACAAUAACAACAGCAUAGGAAUACAACCGAAGAAGUCAGGUAAUGACAAACGGAAAGCACACAAAAGGAAAAUCGCUGACCGGGACGAGGCAGCUGCGGCGGUGUUGACAGCGGAUAGCUGCUGCAGUAGUUCGGAAGAAGACACUUUGGUGAACCGGAAGCAGCAUUUCGCCAGCUUAAGCCCCGCCUCUUCGUCGUGUCAAUCCACGUUGCCACCCAGUCCACCGAAAACUAAUGGCAGUGGUAGUGAUAAGAGGCCGGCUGCGAGCGACCCGAACGCUGUAAAAGAGCUCGAGCACGCUAUGUCCAAACACCUGCCACCGACCACGGACAAGACGUCCACUUCAUCAGUGGCGGCAGCACACCAACCUACAGACUUCAGCACGGACGCGCUGCUCAAGCAACAGCAACAGAAGAGUACGAUCCAAUGGAUCGGGGCGCACCACCUGGGACAUCACCACCAUCUUCAUCAGCAGCAGCAACACCAACAACUACAACAACAGCAGCAACAGCAACAGCAGAACGGUAGCCUACACCUGCAGCAGCACCAGCAUCACCAUCAUCCCGCCGGGCCACCUCAUCAUCAUCACCUACAACAUCACCAACAGCAGCAGCAGCACCACCAUCACCACCAGGGCGCGUCACCGCACGGCCAACAGUCGACGGGUGGUGCUCCAGGUACCACGCUGCCCGCUUCAGCGCUGCUCCGGCAGAUAUACGCCAACCGUGAGUCGGUGAUCCGCGCUAACGUGCAUGCUCCCCGAUCACCCGGUGCCAGUGCUGUCUCGUAUUACGCGGGUGAAAUGAGCACGUUGCCGACGCCGCCGGGCAGCGAGGGUGGUUAUUCAGAACAGCAACAGUUUGGGCCGCAGAAAAACGAGUUCGGUAACGGCGGCAGCCUCGCUGUACCACCACCGUACAGUUACGCCGAUUAUCAUACGGCCAUGACGCCGCCGUCGUCCGUGUCGCCACGUGACAAACAUCAACACCAGCACCAGCAGCAACAGCAACAACAGCACCAGCAACAACACCAGUAUGAUUUGUACGGGCCACCGCCGACGUCCGCGGAUGCGUUGCUGCAGAUACGGCAACAGCAUCUGCACCAGCAGUACGGCCAUCACGCAGAGGUGACGUCGUCCGCGGCGCCCGCUCUGCCGCUGAAACCACAGCCGUAUAACCCUGCGCCGCCACCGCCGCCCCCGCCCGCUGUGCCACUCGAUCAUUACGAUCAGACGUCCGCGGCCGCGGCAGCUGCGGCCGCAGCAUUUUACCAUUCGGCCGCCGGCUUUCAUCUUUACCAUCCAUCCAAGUCGACUAUGGCCACUGGCCCGCCGCUUCCACCUCCACCACCGUCAUCCGUGUACGCUGCUGACUCAUUAAAGAACCACCACAAUUGGUACUCCACACCCACUUAGUAUGCAGUUGGUAUAGAUUUAUAAUAAUGAUGACAUUUCGUAUGUACAUUUCACCCCUAACACCAUCCCCAUAUAAAAGCAUAUGGAGAGGGGUUAAUUUUUAAAUGCGACACGCACUCACUCGUAUUUCCUCGGACAUUAUUUUUGAUAGAAUUUAAACAAUAGGUACCUAUAUUAAUGUUAUUUUGUUACACACGAAAAUGUGUAGUGUCUAUCAUAUUAUAGUCUGGUAACUAAAUAAAUUCUGGUUAGGUAUUCGGUGUUCGGUAUUUUCUAAAUACAUAUUAUACACAUAUGUAUCUACA